AUGUUUAUCCUUUCCAGUUUACAAAUUAUUUUUCGGUUUUUUCUGAGGAACAUAAUAUCCAUUGCCGAGAUGAGUUAUCUUUCUGGAACUCUCACAUUGGGUCUCCUGCUAGGUUGUCUCGUAUUUGCAUCUGGCACGCAGGAAAAGAAUUAUACAAUACCGGAAGAGCUUCCUGAAAAUGUCCUGAUAGGCGAUCUGGUGAAAGAUCUAGGCUUGAAGUUCUCACCAGAGAAAAGGCUCUCGACUCCCUUGCAGUUUAAGUUAGUAUACAAGAGUGAAGAUCUGCCAUUAGUGAGGGUAGAGGAGACAAGUGGUGAGCUCUAUACCACCGACGUACGAAUAGAUCGCGAACAAUUAUGCUCUGGAGUCUUUUCUGAGACUCACUGUUUUUAUGAAGUUGAACUAGUUAUUUUCCCAGAAGAAGUCUUUAAACUGGUCAAGCUUCGUUUUCUAAUAGAAGAUAUCAAUGAUAAUUCACCGCUCUUUCCUGCGACGGUCAUCAACAUUUCGAUUCCUGAGAACUCUGCUAUCAGUUCCCGAUUUCCGAUACCUUCAGCUGUUGAUCCUGAUGUUGGCAUUAACGGAAUUCAACAGUACCAUCUGAUUAAGGGUUUCGAUAUAUUUGGCCUUGAUGUCAUUGAAACACCUGAGGGAGAAAAAUGGCCCCUACUAAUUGUCCAAAAGAUGCUGGAUCGGGAGGAGAGAGACACAUAUGUGAUGAAAUUGAAAGUCGAAGAUGGUGGGUCACCUCCAAGGUCCAGCACAGCCAUUUUACAAGUUUCUGUGAUUGACCUGAAUGACAACGGUCCCAUCUUUGCGGAGACAGAGGUUGAAGUCGCCAUCCCUGAAAAUGCUCCUGUGGGCUCUUCAGUCUAUCAGCUUCGUGCCACUGAUGCUGAUGUGGGUGCAAAUGCACAGAUCCAGUACUUUUUCAGCAAUCUGAUGAACCAACUUGCUAGGAAGCUUUUCAAUCUCAACAAUACCACUGGCCUCAUUACCAUCAAGGAGCCCUUGGAUAGGGAGCAGGCACCUAUUCACAAGCUAAUGGUUGUAGCAACCGAUGGAGGUCCAAUGCCAGCUAGGGCUAUGGUGAUAGUGAAUGUCACAGAUGUCAACGACAACUCCCCGAUAAUUGAUGUCAGAUACAUCAUCGAUACAGUCAAUGGGACUGUGUACUUAUCAGAAAAUGCUGGACUCAAUACCAAAAUUGCUGUCAUUACACUAAUAGACAAAGAUGCUGAUCGUAAUGGGAGAGUGACCUGUUUCACAGAACAUGACAUUCCUUUCCGAUUAAAGCCAGUAUUUGAAAAUCAAUUCCUGAUGGAGAGUUCCUCUUUCCUGGACUAUGAGACUACAAAAGAAUAUGAAAUAAAAUUGCUGGCUUCAGACGCUGGCAAACCCCCUUUGAAUUACACUACUUCAGUUGUGAUCAAAGUCAAAGAUGAAAAUGACAACGCACCCAUCUUCAGCCGGUCCAGCAUAAGGGUUUCUGUCCUAGAGAACAAUGCUCCUGGCGCUCAGCUGACAAAAAUCAGUGCAACGGAUGCAGACAGUGGAAAGAAUGCAGAGAUCACUUACCUGAUAGCUGGCGACCCCCCCUCUGCUUUCAGCCUGGAUAGACGUACAGGCAUUCUCUCAGCAGUGGAACAACUAGAUAGAGAAAAGAAAGACAAAUACACCUUCACAGUCACUGCAAGGGACAAUGGGGUGCCUCACCUGCAGUCCAAUGCCACAGUGAUUGUAACAGUCCUUGAUCAGAAUGACAACAGCCCUACUUUCACCCACAGUGAGUACAACUUCUACGUCCCAGAAAACCUACCCAAGCAUGGCACGGUGGGACUCAUCACUAUAACUGAUAAUGAUGCUGGAGAAAAUGGGGCUAUCACUCUCACCAUUCUAAAUAGCAAUGGGACUUUCAUCAUUGAUUCAACAAAUGGAGUCAUCCGACCCAAUAUCACUUUUGAUAGAGAGAAACAAGAGUCUUACACUUUCAUCGUCAUGGCCACAGACGGAGGCAGGGUGCCACGAUCUGCAUCUGCCAAGGUGACCAUAAAUGUAGUUGAUAUUAAUGACAACAGACCAGUUUUCAUUUUCCCUCCGACUAACUACACUUUUCAGUUUGUUCCACUAGCUACUGAAGUUGGCACACUUCUGUACGUAGUGAUGGCUAUCGAUGAGGACACUGGCAUGAAUGCCGAAAUCCGUUACCAAAUUGAAGAUGGAAACCAAAAGAAAUUAUUUGAAGUGGAAGGAGCAUCAGGGAACAUUACCCUGAAAUCAAAACUUGAUCGGGCAGACCAAGGUUUACACAAGCUGUUGAUCAAAGCUAGGGACUUAGGACAACCUGACUCUAUGAAUAGCAAAAUACUACUAAAUCUAUUUGUGAAUGAUAGUCUGAACAAUUCUACCUUUGUCGAUGAACUACUGCGCAGAACUCUGGCUAAAGAUAUAGUCAUCCAGCCUGUUGAAAAGAAAAAGAAAGAAGUCCCAACCCCAUCGACUGGUGACUAUAUCAAGUACAUCAUUGCCAUCAUUUCUGGCUCCAUGACUGCUGUCCUGACCAUUGUUGUCGCUGCUUUAUUACGUUGCCGCGUUUUUCCACGCCUCAAAGCUGCAAGACAGCAGAAUUCAGAAUGGGUUACUCCAAAUCCAAACAACAGCGAGACAAUAACCCUUAGCGCAAAUGACGACACUGGCACUAAUAGUGUCAUCCUUAACCUUGCCACCUUUGCCGAAUCUGGGACUGAUGAUCUAGAUAAUGACGAAGAAGAGGUCACUACCUCUUUAGAUGUUGCCGUUGAUAUGGAAGAAGACACCAUGGAGAGGUACAACUGGGGUACCCAUUCUUCUACUUUUAAGCCUGAUGUUCCUGAUUUGGCCGAACACUACAAAGCGACAUCUCCUCAGCCAGCCUUCCAUAUUGAGCCCGAGACUCCCGUGCAUUCAAAAUGCCACGGCAUCCAGGAGCUGCCCAUGGACAACACUUUUGUGAUGGGCUGUGACUCUCUUUCCAAAUGUUCCUCUAGCAGCUCAGAUCCAUAUAGCAUUUCUGACUGUAGCUGUCAAGGAACCAUCAAGACUACAGCCACCAUUCACCCCCGACAGGCUGCAAGCCAGCUCGGGAUGACUGACUCUGAUUUAAAGGAUCCAAAUGUGAUCGCUAUCCGGACUUACCCUAUGCAUUUGAUGCCGGCUACUAGACCCCGUACUCCACUGAGAGAGCCAGCUAUUCAGGAGACAGCUGUGGACACCUGGACUUCUGCUCAGAGGAAACCAGAGCCGAAAAAACCAGGAAAGGGUCAGCGCCGUGUCACAUUCUACCUUCCAGAAAGCUCCCAGGAGAGCGGCAGUGACCGUGGACCUAUUGAGGCAGAAGCCGGUGCUACUGCUAGUGCCAGGCCUGGCUACGCUCGGAGAGACUACCGUAACCGCACAACUACACACAGCAACCGUACCGAAGGAGACGGCAACUCUGACCCUGAAACUGCUUGCAUUUAUGGACUCAAGAAAGCUGCAGAAAUAACUGUCCAGCCAACCCUUGAAGAAGCCUCUGACAACUGUACCCAAGAAUGCUUUAUCCUUGGCCAUUCCGACUCUUGCUGGAUGCCUGCUGCGGUGCCCCAGUAUCGGCCACCUCGCUCUCCGGAGCCUGCUGUAACCCGCUACAGUUCUCCUGCUCCACAUCUGAUCACGACCACAGCGAUGUGCCACAAUCCUCCUGAGCCCCAGGCUGCUGCUAUUUCCACCAGUCCCCCCCAGGCACAGAGCCAAGAAGUGGGGCAUGGUGCUACGGCUGAAGCAAGGGGUGCUCAAGGAGGAGUUGUUACACAGGAUGACUCUAAUCAGGGACGAAGAUGCAGUCCCAGAGCCCUGUUUUGCACAGCUCAACAUGAUGAAUCAAUCAAAGUCAUUCCCAUGACGACCUUCACUCCCGGCCAAUCUUCACGGGGCUCUCCCAAUAUUGAAGAGGAUCCCAUGUAA